AUGAUUCAAAGCAAUAAAUCACCUGCUUCAAUUACAGAAACAAAAGUGUUCGUGGACCUGUUGUUUGGCACCCUUAACAGCAAGUCAUACUUGAAGCAUCAACAGCUUACAGGAAUACCUGUUCUGCCACCAGUAACAAUUCAUCCCAUAACCACAAUUGUCAGUGGUUCUGACAAUACCCAAGCACAAACAUCAUUGCCUAACGGCACUCCUUCAAAUGCCAAAGUGGUUGUGACCAUAGCAGCUCAGCAACCAACUCCUGCUGUGACUGCAAAGCCUGAUGUGAGAAAAUUCAAAUCAGAUGGAACUGUAGAUGGUGAGAACAGGGAAUCCAGAAGGCCAGGUCUCAAGAACCGAAGUCGUAGUCCUGUUGGACGAAGUAACAAAAGAGAUCCAGAUGAUAGAAGAAGUCGAAGGUAUGUGGAUGAUGAUCGACGUAGAAGGCCAUAUCCUAGCCAUAGAUAUGACAAUAGGUACAGAGAUUUCAAAAAUCAUAGGCCACCCUUAUCCAUUGAUCGUGAUAGAGAGAGGGAUAGAGAUAGAGAUUCUAGACCAAACAGGGACAGAGAAUUUGGUAACAAAGAUCGUUCUGCUGUAGAUAGAAGUCGAAGUAGGUCCAGAAGUUGGAGCCGUUCAAGAUCAAGGUCACGAUCUUGUUCUCCAUCAUCAUCAGGAUCUAGAUCCCGGAGUCGGUCUCGAUCAUUUUCUAGAGACAGAUCAAGAGCACAUGCAAGAAAGAAUUCAAGAGAUUCCACUGGUCGCGGUGGUAGUCCUCAGCACCAAGUUGAUCAUGGAGAUACAGAUUAUCGUGUUCCUCCUCACAGCACAGGUCCAAAUUCAAUCAUCACAGUACCUGAUCCAGCAUGUACCACAGCAUCAGUUGUGCCAUCUAUCAGUAUCAACCAAUACCCUAUUCAAGGAACGAAACGCUGUAGAGAUUUUGAUGAAAAGGGAUAUUGCAUGCAAGGAGAUAUGUGUCCAUAUGACCAUGGGACUGACCCUGUAGUUGUUGAAGAUGUUUCUUUGCUUGGAUUUGGACCUUCAACCAGCAGUGCACCUCACCAGCAAGUUCCUCCACCUCCUGGAAUUUGUCCAACAGUUUUACCAACAAUUGGACAACCACCACCACCACCCCCUGGUCCUCCACUUCCACCUGGGGUAGCUCCUCAUCCUCCACCACAACCUGACUCGUACAUUCCCGAACCAUACAAUCCUGAAGCCCCGGGAAUUAAAAGAAAUCCUCGUAUGCAUCAACCUUUUUGGGGUCCACCAUCCACAGGAAUGCCACCAGUGAGGUUGCCAGUAUCUCGCGUUCCUCCUCCAAUGUUCCAUCCUCCUCCACCACUGCAAAGAACACGUGAAUUAAUUGGUGUUCCUACGAUUGACAAUCCUAUAGAAAUAUCAAAAGUCUCUACAGAAAGUUCUACAGUUUUUGAGCCUGAAACACCCCAAAGCAUAGUUGUUACAGCAUCACAAAGCAGUAUUAGCACUGGUGUUGUCUCAUCUGUAUCUGUUCAACCUAGUGUCGAUUCAAAUAUAAAGAGACGACCAUUUGACUAUACCCGAUUGGGCCAAAAAAAAUCUUUUCAGCCAGUCCAGGAAAGAUGUACUCUUGAAGUUAGAAAGGUUCCCAGACAUCUUAAUACCAUAACACAGCUAAAUGGACAUUUCUCCAAGUUUGGCAACAUUGUUAACCUUCAGGUCUACUAUGGUGGGAACCCUGAAGCUGCUCUGGUCCAGUUCUCUAGUCAUGCAGAAGCUAAUUCAGCCUACCGGUGUACAGAAGCAGUUCUUAACAACAGGUUCAUCAAAGUGUUUUGGCAUAACAAAGAUAACAACCAGAACUCCAACCAAGAGAAAACAACCCUUCCUACUGACAAACCAAAUGUGAAGGAGAGGCUUGGGAUUCCUGGAAAUGGCAAAACCAGUAACUUCAGUCUAAAUAAUAAAAUCACAGCAAAUUCAACACCAACAGAGGAUAAUACAGAAAGAGCAGUUAUUUUCUCGUCUUCAGGAAAUCUCUCUCGAACAGUUUUUAAUCCAGCUGCCUUAAAGAAAAACAAUACCUUGACAGUGUCCCAGGGUCCAGUUUUAAAAAAAUCCAAAGAGGAACAGAAGAAGGAAUCUUUUGUUAAGAAAAUGGAAGUCCAGAAGAAACGAGAAGAGCUGUUGAAUAGUUACUUCCAAGAACAGAAGAUUCUUUUAGAGAAGUGGGAGAAAACGAAAAAUGAUAAAGAAAAAGAAGAAAUUAAACAAACUUUAACAUCUUUAAAUAAGAUGAUUGAGAGCCUUCAAAAUGACAUGAGAAAAGAUUCUGAAGAAAUCAAAGAACUUCAGCAAACUACAGGCAUGCCAAAAUCUAAAUCUGAGGCUGAAAGACAACUUCUUGAUGCUGAAAUGGACCUUUACAACAAACAACAUAGGGGUGAUGAUACUACGGAGCUUAAGAAGAGGGUUAUUGAACUCAGACAAAAG